AUGGACUUCGAGACCAAUGAAGACAUCAACGGGGUCCGUUUCACCUGGAACGUGUUUCCCUCGACCAGAAGCGACGCCAACAGCAACGUCGUCCCCGUCGGCUGCCUGUACACUCCCUUGAAGGAGUUCGACGAAUUGAAUGUCGCCCCAUACAACCCGGUCGUGUGUUCCGGCCCACACUGUAAGUCCAUUCUGAACCCAUAUUGUGUGAUCGACCCUCGCAACUCGUCCUGGAGUUGUCCCAUCUGUAACUCCAGAAACCACUUGCCUCCGCAGUACACCAACCUGUCGCAGGAGAACAUGCCGCUGGAGUUGCAGUCGACCACCAUUGAGUACGUCACCAACAAGCCCGUCACUGUGCCCCCCAUCUUCUUCUUCGUCGUGGACCUGACUUCCGAGACGGAGAACCUGGACUCGCUUAAGGAGUCUAUCAUCACCUCGCUGUCACUGUUGCCCCCCAACGCCCUCAUCGGGCUGAUCACGUACGGCAACGUUGUCCAGCUGCACGACCUGUCCAGCGAGACGAUUGACAGGUGCAACGUGUUCAGAGGCGACAGAGAGUACCAGCUUGAGGCGUUGACCGAGAUGUUGACGGGCCAGAAGCCCACAGGCCCCGGCGGUGCUCAGUCGCAUCUACCGAACAGCAUAAACAAGAUCACGCCGUUCUCUUUGAACAGGUUCUUCCUACCCCUAGAGCAAGUCGAGUUCAAGUUGAACCAACUACUCGAAAACCUGUCUCCGGACCAAUGGUCCGUGCCCGCAGGCCACAGACCACUAAGAGCCACCGGGUCCGCUUUGAACAUUGCCUCUUUGCUUCUACAAGGCUGCUACAAGAACAUUCCUGCAAGAAUCAUUCUUUUCGCUGCUGGCCCAGGCACCGURGCCCCAGGGCUGAUUGUCAAUUCAGAGUUGAAGGACCCCUUGAGAUCCCACCACGACAUCGACUCUGACCGCGCUCAGCACUACAAGAAGGCCAGCAAGUUCUACAACCAAGUCGCCCAGAGGGUCGCCACCAACGGCCACACCGUCGACAUCUUUGCCGGCUGUUACGAUCAAAUCGGUAUGUCAGAAAUGAAACAGUUGACCGACUCCACCGGUGGUGUCUUAUUGUUGACCGAUUCCUUUUCCACCGCGAUCUUCAAACAAUCCUACUUAAGACUGUUUGCCAAGGAUGAAGAAGGGUAUUUGAAAAUGGCUUUCAACGGUAAUCUGGCUGUCAAGACAAGCAAAGACCUGAAGAUUCAAGGCUUGAUUGGUCAUGCCUCCGCCAUAAAGAAGACAGACGCCAACAACAUCAGCGAGUCCGAAAUCGGUAUCGGUGCGACUUCCACUUGGAAAAUGGCUGCUUUGUCCCCUUACCAUUCGUAUGCAAUUUUUUUCGAUAUUGCCAACACCGCGGCUAAUUCCAACCCAAUCAUGUCUGCGCCUGGUUCUGCAGACAGACCUCAUCUAGCAUACACUCAAUUCAUCACCUCUUACCAGCACUCUUCUGGUACCAACCGUAUCAGAGUCACCACCGUGGCAAACCAACUUCUACCCUUCGGCACCCCCGCUAUCGCAGCUUCCUUCGAUCAAGAAGCUGCGGCUGUGUUGAUGGCACGUAUCGCCGUCCACAAGGCUGAAACUGAUGACGGAGCCGAUGUUAUUAGAUGGCUGGACAGGACUUUGAUCAAGCUGUGCCAAAAGUAUGCAGACUAUAACAAGGACGACCCUCAAUCCUUCAGACUGGCUCCAAAUUUUUCGUUAUAUCCUCAAUUCACUUACUAUUUAAGAAGGUCCCAGUUCUUAAGUGUCUUUAAUAAUUCCCCCGAUGAAACUGCAUUUUAUAGACAUAUUUUCACAAGAGAGGAUACGACUAAUUCUUUAAUCAUGAUCCAACCCACUUUGACAUCUUUCUCGAUGGAAGAUGACCCUCAACCUGUCUUGCUAGAUUCCAUCUCCGUCAAACCAAACACCAUUCUGUUAUUAGACACUUUCUUCUUUAUCUUAAUAUACCACGGUGAGCAAAUCGCUCAGUGGAGAAAGGCUGGUUACCAAGACGAUCCACAAUAUGCCGAUUUCAAAGCCCUUCUAGAAGAACCAAAACUAGAAGCCGCAGAAUUAUUAGUAGAUAGAUUUCCACUACCAAGGUUCAUUGACACCGAAGCCGGUGGUUCUCAAGCAAGAUUCUUACUAUCUAAAUUGAAUCCAUCUGACAACUAUCAAGAUAUGGCCCGUGGUGGGUCUACAAUUGUCCUGACCGAUGAUGUAUCGUUACAAAACUUCAUGACUCACUUACAACAAGUCGCCGUCUCUGGUCAAGCAUAG